AUGGCUGAACGCAUCGCCCUUACCGGCGCUACAAUUGGUUGGGGAGAGCACCAGAAAACGGAAGAUUAUGGAGGCUGUGGACAUUCUAUUCCAAAGAAAAUGGGAGAAUUAGUGAUUAUUUUGCGUAUUGCCGGGGCACAUUUAGAGAUUCAGCGAAGACAUCAAAAAGUUAACUCUUCGACCUAUGACAACUGCUCAACAGCCGGAAGAGAUAUCAACAAUGAGCGGCUCGUGACUGAUAAAGUUAAAGGAAGAAAAUGCGAUAGCAGUGAAACGAGUCAAACCUGGAAUCAGUCGAAAGUUUACUUUUUUGGUCCACCUGUGUAA